AUGACUUCUAAAAUUACAACCCCAGAGGCAAAUAAUCUUGACAAUUAGAUAUAACAUUUAUACUAAUGCAAACCUCUUCCUGAAUAAGAUGUCAAACUAUUAUGUGAAAAGGUUUUUUUAUAAUUUUUAUAUUUUCUUUUAUAGGCUAAAGAAAUUUUAAUCGAAGAAUCAAAUGUAUAACCUGUGAGAGCUCCAGUGAUUAUAUGUGGUGACAUUCAUGGUCAAUUUCAUGAUCUAAUGGAAUUAUUUAAAAUAGGUGGCAAAGCACCAGUAAUGAAUCAUUUUCAAUUAAGGAUACAAAUUAUUUAUUCAUGGGUGAUUAUGUAGAUAGAGGACAUCAUUCAGUUGAAUGUGUUACUUUACUUGUAUUAUUGAAAGUAUUAUACAUAUCAUAAUAAUUAGAUUCGUCAUAGAGAUAGAAUUACAAUCUUAAGAGGAAAUCAUGAAUCAAGAUAAAUAACAUAAGUUUAUGGUUUCUAUGAUGAAUGUUCAAGAAAGUAUGGUAAUAGUAAUGUAUGGAAAUACUUUACUGAACUCUUUGAUUACUUACCCUUAACUGCAGUUGUUGAAUCUCAAGUAUUUUAUCAUCUAAUUCAAAUAGUUUUUCUGUCUACAUGGUGGUAUAUCACCUUCAAUUGACACUUUGGAUCAUAUUCGAUAGUUAGAUAGAGUUUAAGAAGUACCUCAUGAAGGACCUAUGUGUGAUUUAUUAUGGAGUGAUCCUGAUGAUAGAUCUGGAUGGGGAAUAUCUCCAAGAGGAGCUGGAUAUACUUUUGGAUAAGAUAUCUCUGAGUAAUUUAAUCAUAAUAACAAAUUAAAGAUGAUUGCAAGAGCACAUCAAUUAGUUAUGGAUGUAUAAUAAACAUACUUAAUCAUAGGGUUAUUCAUUAGCUCACGAUAGAAAUGUUGUAACUAUAUUCUCUGCACCUAAUUACUGUUAUAGAUGUGGUAAUCAAGCUGGAAUUAUGGAAGUUGAUGAAAAUCUAAGAUAAACAUUGUACUUUAUAAAUCAUUAUUAGAAUAGCAUUCAAUUUGAUCCAGCACCUAGAUCUGAAAAUGAAUCUGUUCCAAAAAGAGUACCAGAUUAUUUCUUAUGAUUAUUAAUAUAUAAUAUAC